AUCUGCUGAAGCUAUUGAAAGUCUAUGGUUAGCUUCAAUUGUCAUUCGGUCAAUUUGUCAAAAAAACUUGUCAUACGCGUCGGAGAUGUGUCAGUAAGCGAUCGCUUGCCGCUUGGUGUUUAAUUAUUCAAUCGUAAAUGUGGUGCAUUUGUGUGAUGAUGAGAAAACACAUUUUAGAUUACCUAAUUAUAAAGUGAUGAAAGUGUUUCGGGUUCAGUGUUCGGUUUAACAAGUUUAUUUCUUUUGUAUGUCAUCGGACUCUCCAACAUGGCGGCACCCCGUCAGAAAUCACAACAGAAAAACAUUUCUUCGAUAUUUUCGAAAUUGCACGGCGCGUUUUCGGAUGCUGUGUACCCUUCCAAGCUCGCGACGGAUAAAAGGACACUAGACAAGACUUGGAAGUUGAUGGACAAAGUCGUGAAACUGUGCCAGCAUCACAAGAUGAAUUUGAAGAAUAGUCCACCGUUUAUACUUGAUAUUUUGCCGGAUACAUAUCAAAGAUUGCGUAUUAUCUACUCUAAAUACGAGGAUAACAUGGCGGAGUUGAAUAACAACGAACAUUUUAACAUAUUCAUUAUUAAUUUGAUAAGGAAGUGUAAACAAGCUAUCAAGUUGUUCAAGGAAGGAAAGGAAAAGAUGUUCGAUGAGAAUUCUCACUAUAGACGUAACUUGACGAAACUCAGCCUCGUGUUCAGUCACAUGCUGAGUGAGUUGAAAGCUAUGUUCCCCAAUGGGACGUUUGCAGGGGACCAGUUUCGUAUCACGAAGAGUGAUGCUGCAGAGUUCUGGAGGACCAACUUUGGCAAUAGCACUCUGGUACCCUGGAAGCAUUUCCGCGAGGAGCUCAACAACGUGCACCCGAUAUCCUCGGGCCUGGAGACCAUGGCGCUGAAGACCACGAUAGACCUCACGUGCAACGACUUCAUAUCCAAUUUCGAAUUUGAUGUGUUCACGAGGUUAUUUCAACCGUGGAGUACGCUGCUGAGGAAUUGGCAGCUACUGGCGGUCACACACCCCGGCUACGUCGCAUUCCUCACGUACGACGAAGUCAAGGCUAGGUUACAGAAGUACAUACAUAAAGCUGGAAGCUAUGUGUUCAGGUUAUCGUGUACAAGGCUCGGGCAGUGGGCGAUCGGCUACGUCACAGUGGACGGGGAGAUCUUACAAACUAUACCACAGAACAAAAGUCUGGUGCAGGCGUUACUCGAUGGAUAUAGAGAGGGAUUCUACCUAUACCCGGACGGCCGCGACAUAAACCCGGACUUGAGCAGCGCGAUCAUAUCGCCCGCCGAGGACCAUAUCACAGUCACGCAGGAACAGUACGAGUUAUACUGCGAAAUGGGGAGCACGUUUCAGUUAUGCAAGAUCUGCGCGGAGAAUGAUAAGGACAUCAGAAUAGAGCCGUGCGGUCAUCUACUGUGUACACCCUGCCUUACAGCCUGGCAAAUUGAUUCGGAAGGUCAAGGGUGUCCGUUCUGCAGAGCGGAAAUAAAGGGAACGGAGCAAGUGGUGGUGGACGCGUUUGUGCCGCCCAGGCCGCCUAACACCACGUCUGAUGUUAAAAUAGCUAACACAAAGACUGCAGUGAAGCCUGUGUCAUCCAAUUCAUCUGGCUCGUCUGGAUCAUCUGGUUCAUCCACGGGAUGUAAUGGUUCAAGUACAGAAGUGACGAUAUCAAGCAAUUCAAACGGCUGGUCAUCAAGAAACGCUACAUUCAAUGGACUCACCGACGACAUUGACGAUCCAGAGGAUUGGUCAGAAUUCAACGCGGCGACCUCAACAAUAGACUCUCUCCGACCUGGAGUGAGAUCGGCUGGUGCCUCACCUCGCCACUCUCCGCGAGCCACGCGGAGAGCGCCCAUGCAAGCGGAGAAUGCGUACGGAGAGUUGAGAGCACCGCCAUUGCCGCCGCGGAAAAGUCUCUCGCCUGCGGAGACUAUUGUCGCUGCAUCUAGUGUUCAGGAUAUCGCGUCGGCUAGUAGUAUUAUGGAACCCCGCCGCCGCUCGUCUCUCGAACCUGAACCAGAUUCAAGGCAUCGUCUCACCUCAGUCAUUACUGGAUCUACGGAAACCAUUACUGGACUGAUCGAUACCAGACAUGAGGUACCACCAGACCCAAGAGCCUUCGAGAAACCUAGAAGAGCAUGCACGCCACAGUCAAAUAGUAGACCUCUUCCUGCCCCGCCUCCUGAAAGACAAACGGACAGAACAACCGAACCAAAACCAGAGAAACAAGAUCACAAACUUCCAGAAAGACAAUCGGACCACAGACUACCGGACAGAUUGCCAGAUAGAUACAAUGAUAGACCACAAGAUAAUAGAUUACCGGAAAGACACGUUGAAAAUAGAUUACCAGAAAGACACAAUGAUAACAGAUUACCAGAACGACUUAUCGAAAGACAAGAUAACAGACUGCCGGACAGAUUGCCAGAUAGACAUAAUGAUAGACCACAAGAUAAUAGACUACCAGAAAGACACGUUGAAAACAGAUUGCCAGAAAGGCACAAUGAUAACAGAUUACCAGAAAGACACAAUGAUAACAGAUUACCAGAACGACACAUCGACAGGCCAGAAAUCAAACCACCAGAAAGACAAGACAACAGACAUAUGAACGAUAGACUAAUCUCACUAGAUAAAGAAAGGCAUUCGGAAUCUAGAACGCAUUUCGAUAAAUUAGAAAACAGAGCGGACAGAUCAAAUUCAGAAAACAGAAUUCUAGAAAGACAUUCAGAAAGAUAUGUCCAGGAUACCACAAGGCAUAAUAUAGAUUUUCGAAAUCCACCAGAAAGACCUGAUAAACCUGACAGGGAUAGAAUGCAGGGGUCUGAUAGGUCCAGUUUUGAUCGUGAUACGAGAGUUGAGAACAGAGCUCCGCCUAGGCAAAGGUCUUUGCCUACAAACACUAGUGGUAGUAUUGAUCAGCCGACUAAAUCGACUACGAUGCCCAAAUUUCCCUCGGAAGACAUCAAGGAUCCGCCAUAUGAAAAUGUCGGUGUGGAGAAAAAUGAAUUGGCUGUUGCACCCAAAAAGAUCAACCCGCUAACACACGACAAGCACGGUCGAAAGUACGGCGACAAUGUAUCGUACGAAAAUAUAAAUUUAGACUACAUUGCUCGCCUAGUAGGCGAAGGAUACCCCAAAGACAUAGUUGUAAGAGCAUUGGGCAUCACUAGGAACGAUCUAGAAAUGGCCUGCGACAUACUCCACGAGUUCGGGUCGAAAGUACAACACAAAUGUUAGGAUUUUUCAAUUUUAUGGGCGGCACUAAUUUUUAAUCAUUGACUAAGGAAACAAUAUAGACAGAAUAAACCGCCAAAUAACGAAACAGGUCCGCGGAAGUCGUUUACUAUACUAGGAUCUAAUUUCUGUAUGAUGGUUCAAUAAAUUUUCGCGAAUAAUUACAUAGCGAUGUAAAGUAAGAUGCAUAAAUGCGUCUCGCUCUAACACCUUCAAACAAGAACUGUCUCGGUUGCCCACAAAUUAGUUACGAGUGAUUUGAAUAGCUAGAGAUAAUUGGGUUCAGUAUAAAAUUGUUGUUGAAGAGGGCUCUGUCUAUAUUUUUUCUUUAGUCUGCGUUUUUGGCAUCAAACUUUUUAAUCUGUUUUUUAAACUUGUCAUUUAAAAUUUUUAGUCUGUUAUUCGAGAAUUUUUGGUGUUGCACGCUUUGAAUAUUCUUUUUAUUUAUUAUUAUUAAUAAAUUUAAAUAAUUAAUAAUAUGGAAAAAAAUACUUUGUAUAAAGGGACGAGAUUGGAAAAAAAAUGUGUCAAUAAAGGAUGCGCUAGGUCGAAAUUAAUAAAACUAUUAUAUCUUAGAAUGUUUCUUAAAUUUUAUAGAAUAAUUAAUUAUUAU